AUGGAAGAUGCAAGCAAAAAAAUUGCAGUAAUUGACGAGCUUUCUAUCCAGAUUUACGACGAGGACCACACAAUGCUAAAUCCACUUCGUUGGGUGAUAUCUAAUAACUGGGUUGGAGAUGCCGUUGAGUUUUGCGGAUACACCAUUCCUCACCCAUCAGAAAGAAUCUCGCAUCUUAAUGUCCAACUUGAAGACAGGAACGCACAAUCUCCAAAGAAUGUACUAAAGAAGGUCUAUGAAGGACUAGAAUGUAUCGAAGUCAUAGCAGCCAAGCUGCUUGAGUCCAUAAAAGAAGUCGAAGGUAGCAUAUAA